UCCCGAAUACCGCGCAUGCGCUCAGUGGACAAAAGCCGCCGGUGCGUCGGCGGCAGGGAGGAGCGGGUCGCGCAUCCCAACUGGGGGCAGCUCCUGCGAGCUCAGGACACACCGUGGCUCCGCACCACGGGGCAGUCCCGAUCCUUCCCCUCUUUAUCCGCCCCGCGAUCCGGACCCGGGGAGCUGUCUGCUGAUCAGUGACGGCCCCGCCGUCAUUUCUGCGACGCAUGCGUAUCGCCCGGACCGUGCCGAGCAGGGUAGAAAAGGCAAAGGAUUUGUAGAUGCAAAGCUUGACCACACCAACACGUCAGAUCCACCGUAUCAGCCAGUGUACCAGCACUUGAGUUCCGUCAGUCUCUGAUUAUGGAGGAUACUUAAGGACAGAGAGUUGGGUGAACCUGCCUGGAGUUUGUGUUAUGAAGGAGCAACCAGUUAUUCCCUUUGUAACACCAAUAUUUCUGGCGCCGAUCCUUGGAGAAGGCGUCGCAUCUCGUCCCAGCUGGAGACGUGCUUUGCGUCUGAGUCCUCGUGCGGAGCCCACUGGAGCUGGGGUGCAUCUGUUCACCGGAGACCAGGUCUUCGACUGCAUUGAGUGUGCGAGGGAUUCACUACAUCAGGUCUCACUCGCUGAGUCGUCGGAGGAUUGAUAGCAGGGAGAGAGGAAAUCAGCGACUCUUCACAACAUAAAGAUCAGUGUGGUCGGAGAUUCACUCACUCAGCCCAACCUCAAGCACAUGAGGUUGUUUGAGGGAAUAUACUCUGUCUUCCCAGCCUGAGGAUAAUCAGUAAGUCUGGGCGACGUAGGGACUGUUCAGAUGUUCUGACUGUUGGGGUGGGGCACGAUUCAUCCUAGCUGAAGAUACUAACCAAAGAAUUCACCGUGGUGAGAGGCUGUUCAUCCGCUCUGGGUCUGAAGAGAUCCACUCACUCCUACAUCCUACUGACGCCAGCGAGUUCGCGUGAGAGGGGUGGAGGGGGUGGGUACCGUUCAUCUGUCAACGUGUGGGGGCUGGGACCCGCCAGUUCGUCCCAUGGGAUGAGUCUCCAGCAAGCUCACUCCAAUGCCAGGCCGUUCACCUGCUCUGAUUGCGGGAAGGGGUUCACUCGGUCCUCCCACUUGCUGGCCCACCAGACGGUUCACACCGGGGAGCGGCCGUUCACCUGCUCGGACUGCGGGAAGGGGUUCACCGAGCAGUCCCACCUGCAGGCGCACCAGCGGGUUCACACCGGGGAGAGGCCAUUCACCUGUUCGGUGUGCGGGAAGGGGUUCACCCACUCCUCGCACGUGAUGAGACACCAGGUGGUUCACUCCGGGGAGAGGCCGUUCAGCUGUCCGGACUGUGGGAAGGCGUUCACUCAGUCAUCGUCCCUGCAGACGCACCAGCGGAUUCACAGAGGCGAGAGACCGUUCGUCUGCCCCGACUGCGGAAAGGGAUUCACUCAGUCAUCUGAACUGCUGAAGCAUCAGAGGGCUCACUCUGGGGAGAGCCUGUUCACCUGCUCUGAAUGUGGGAAGGGAUUCUCUCAUACCUGCUACCUGAGGAGGCACCAGCUGAUCCACUCUGGGGAGAGGCCAUUCAGUUGCUCCGACUGCGGGAAGGGAUUCACUCGGUCCUCCCACCUGCUGGCCCACCAGACGGUUCACACCGGGGAGCGGCCGUUCACCUGCUUGGACUGCGGGAAGGGGUUCACCGAGUCGUCCCACCUGCAGGCGCACCAGCGGGUUCACACCGGGGAGAGGCCGUUCACCUGUCCGGUGUGCGGGAAGGGGUUCACCCACUCCUCCCACGUGGUGAGGCACCAGCGGGUUCACUCCGGGGAGAAGCCGUUCACCUGCCCGGACUGCGGGAAGGCGUUCACGCAGUCGUCCCACCUGCAGGCGCACCAGCGGAUCCACACGGGAGAGAGGCCGUUUAUCUGCUCCGUCUGCGGGAAGGGGUUCAUCCUGUCGUCUCAGCUGCUCAGGCACCAGCGGGUUCACACCGGCGAGAGGCCGUUCACCUGCCCCGUAUGUGGGAAGGGAUUCACGCAGUUGUCCCACCUGGGAAAGCACAAGCGCAUUCACACUGAGCGGCCACACCCCUCCCCCGUACACACCAGUGAGUCCACAGUUAUCUGCUCGAUGUGCGGGGAGGGGUUCACUCACUCAGUUCACCUGUGGACACACCAAGUUCACACUGGAAGAGGGCAUUCGGCUGCUCUAUGUGUGGGGCGGGGGGGAUAUACUCAGUCAUCGGACCUGAAGACGCAUCGGGGACCGUUCACCUGUUCUGACUGUCGGGAAGCGAUUCAUCAAGAGUUCACACUGGAGAGUGGUCGUGCCACUUGUUCUGAGCAGGGAAAGUAUUCUGCGUUUUGGGGGGGGCGGGUGGAGAAUAUCACGGGUCGUUGCAACAUGCCGCUGCCCUCUGGAGUCCGACAGCGGAAAACGAGGAGGGGCCAGCACAGGGCAGGCUUGGGCUUCCAGAUCAGACCAGGGGUGACUCUAGGUAUUGUCGGACCUUGGACAUCCCUCCCAGGGAAGGCGGCCGUGCACGGUGAAAUCCCCCGGAUUCACGUCUCCUCCAAAAUAGCUCAUUUCUUCUCAGCGUGCGGCCUUGCCGCGGCCACGCACAAGGAACUUCUGCCCAGAGCCUGCAACCAGUUUCCUGGAGUCGGGCCUGAGGGCGUCGUGCCUUCCCCAGAGGAGAUCCCAAACAUUAGAUCCUGCUGGAGGGUCAAUCUACACCAUACAGAGGUGUUCUAUUCUGGCUUCCUAUUCCCUUUCCUUUUCCUGACGAUGCUUGACCGCAAGACGUUCCAGGCCAGGGGCCAGGGCUCGGUUAACCCGCUGGCACGCACGGCUGUGGACCGCGGCAGGAAAAUGGAGCACCCGUGGGAAAGCACGGGUCCCAGCAAACUGCACGCACAUGCACCUCAGUGGAGAAGAUAUUCGCUGACUGGGCCUUCGAAUCUGCACAUACACCAGCGAGUUCACACCGGGAAGAGGCUUUUCACGUGCUGUGUGGGUGGGAAAGGAUAUACUCUGCGUGAAGUCUGCCGAGAGUUCCGGAAAACCGCGCAUGCGCCUGGAGGACAACAGGCUCUGGAGGAUCGGCAGUCGAGAGCUGAUAGCAGGCAGGUAUCGUUCACCUGCUCUCAGGGCGGGGAGGGAUUCGCUCACUCAGCCCUCCUGAAGAUACAUCAGCAAGUUCACUGCACGUUCACUCACUCAUACCUCGUGAUGAAGCAACAGCCAGCUCACUCCGAGGAGAGGCCAUAUGUCUGCUCCCAGUGUGGGAAGGGAUUCACUCGAUCGUCCUACCUUCAGACACACCAGUCCGUUCACAGUGGGGAGAAACCUUUUGUCUGCUCCGUGUGUGGGAAGAGGUUCACUCGGUCAUCUGAUCUGCUGACACACCAGCGAGUUCACACUGGUGAAAGGCCAUACAUCUGCUCCGAUUGUGGGAAGGGAUUCAUUCGGUCAUCUGAUCUGCAGACACACCAGCGAGUUCACACUGGGGAGAAGCCAUUCACCUGCUCAGACUGUGGGAAGGGAUUUACUCAGUCAUCUCAACUGAAGGUACAUCAGCGAGUUCACACUGGGGAGAGGCCGUUCACCUGCUCAGAUUGUGGGAAGGGAUUUACUCGGUUAUCACACCUGCAGACCCACCAGACAGUUCACACAGGGGAGAGACCAUUCAUUUGCUCUGAAUGUGGUAAAGGAUUUACACGGGCAUCCCACUUACGGACACACCAGUCAGUUCACACUGGAGUGAGACCAUUCACCUGCUCAGAAUGUGGAAAAGGAUUCACUCGAUCAUCUGACCUACUAGCACACAAGUCAAUUCAUACCGGGGAGAUGCCAUUCACCUGCUUAGACUGUGGGAAGGGAUUUACUCAGUCAUCUCAACUGAAGGUACACCAGCGAGUUCACACUGGGGAGAGGCCAUACACCUGCUCUGAAUGUGGGAAGGGAUUCACUCGGUCAUCCCACCUACAAGCACACCAGUUAGUUCACACUGGGGAGAGACCAUUUACCUGCUCUGAAUGUGGGAAGGGGUUCACUCGGUCAUCUGACCUACUGGCACACAAGUCAGUUCACACUGGGGAGAAGCCAUUCUCCUGCUCAGACUGUGGGAAGUCAUUUACUCAGUCAUCUCAACUGAAGGUACAUCAGCGAAUUCACACUGGGGAGAGGCCGUUCAGCUGCUCCGAAUGUGGGAGAGCAUUCAGUCGUUUAUCCCACCUGCAGACACACCAGGCAGUUCACACCGGGGCGAGGCCAUUCACCUGCUCGGUAUGUGGGAAGGCAUUUACUCGUUCAUCCCACCUUCAAACGCACCAGUCCGUUCACACUGGCGUGAGACCGUUCACUUGCUCUGAAUGUGGGAAGAGAUUCACUCGGUCCUCUGAUCUAUUGGCACACCAGUCAGUUCACACUGGGGAGAAACCGUUUGCCUGCUCAGACUGUGGGAAGGGAUUUACUCAGUCGUCUCAGCUGAAGGUACAUCAGCGAGUUCACACUGGGGAGAGGCCAUUCACCUGCUCUGAAUGUGGGAAGGGAUUCACUCGGUCAUCCCACUUGCAGACGCACCAAUCAGUUCACACACGGGAGAGACCAUUCACUUGCCCUGAAUGUACAAAGGGAUUUUCUCAGUCAUCCCACUUGCAAACAGACCAAUCAGAUCACACUGGGGAGAGGCCGUUCACCUGCUCAGACUGUGGGAAGGGAUUCACUCAGUUAUCUGACCUACUGGCACACCAGUCAGAUCACACUGGGGAGAGCCUGUUCAUCUGCUCUGAAUGUGGGAAGGGAUUCACUCAGUUAUCCCAUCUUGUAAAAAACUGUUGAGAUCACAGUGCGGAGGAAGUUUAAAUAAGCUGCAUGUUGGAUAUUUGCCCAUCGUGGUUGCUGUAUCCAGAAGCAAGUUCAAAAGCGGCAGUUAAUAUCAGACUGCAAUUAUUGCUGCUGUUCGUCACACCCAGUGUUCCCCCCCCCCCGGUCACUGGGAAUUGGAGAAGUUUCUUCUGCUGAUUUUCAUCUUUAAUGGGCCUGCAUCUGUGACAAAUAAAUUCUAUUUUAAACUCUGUCUUAGGUAUUUAGAGAACCUCCAAAUGUGUAACAUGUGUACAGUAGGGAGUCAACUCAGCCCAGCUGAUCCCUGCCAGAGUUCCUGUUCCAUGACAGCCUUUUUCAAUCCAUGCCUGCUGUCCACCUCGCCCUGUGGCGAAGGGUUCCAAAUGGUACCACUCUGCGGGUGAAGAGGUUUCCCUUGAAUUUCCUGCAUGAGUUUCUGCAGACUGAAGAAGAAGAAGAUGAAUUCACUGCAAUUAUGUCUGAUGUUCUUAGUCCCUUGAGAUCUCUAGGCUGAGGAAGAAUGAAAUUGUUUUUUAACCUCCUUAUUCCCUUCUCUUUUCUAAGGAAUUGGGACUCAGACCAAAAUUGUAAUUCUGAGAUAAAAUAUGGAUAAGGUAUCUUUCAGAUGAGUAGAUGAUCAAUUUUCUACCAGUUGAAAUGGAGCAAUGAGAUCAAGUCCGGUAUCCAUACCUCGGUAGAUGAAGGGAAUAUCUACUGAGGCUGAGGCUUAAAAGAAAGUACUGGAUCCAACUUACACUGAAUUAAAAUUGGAGCUGCAUGGGAAAAGCAAACUCUUUGCAUCACUUUUGGUUCUUUAGCAAAUCACCUUUGUUGAACGUCAUCUGCUUCUGGACCCUUCUGCCGAGUGAGGCCUUGCUUCUUCCUCUCUCUCUGGGUGUGUGAUGUAGAGAUUUUGGGCAACAAGCGACCUGUAGCAUUCAUACUGGAGAAGUUUCAUAUAUUAAUAAUUUCCAACACGAAUGUCUGAUCACCUACCCUUGGCAUUCAUUAGCAUUGCCGUUGUUGAGUUCGCAUCAAUCUCCUCAGGGUAACAGAGAUCAGAAAGUCUCCAAGUCUGACUGUCGAAAUACUGUUAGCUUCUCAUUGGGCAGUGGGACAUACCAGAAUUGUUAAACUAUAACAAUGGACUGAGCCACAUCACAGAUGCUUGCAGGCAGGAUUGACCCAUUGUGAGACAUUCGGCAAAUUUGAUGCUGAGUCCAGACGCUUGAGCCAUGACCGGAUUAAAGAUGAGGAUUGGUUCUCUUAACCUGCGUGGAGUCUCACCGUAACAGUGUGACGUAAGAGCUUACCUUAGAGGCUAAAUUUAUCUCUUCUGAAAUGAUGCCCUUCACCCUUCAAUGCCUUUUGUAAACUUUUUACAGGGUCAAAAAGGCAAAUGAUAAGUGUAAAGUGGUCUCAAACACAAGAGCACUUCAGUCCUGCUGUGAAUGUCAGUUCACCAUCGAUCUUUGAAUGCGGUGGUGGAUUGCUGGAAAGCAUCUAGAUCAGUACCACACCAGUCGCAGCAAGGAGAACCCGGACAACCGUUUAGUGUAAGGGUGAAGAUUUUAUGAAGCAACUUGGAAAUAAACCUUGUAAAUUGCCUUCAAGUUACUGAAGGGAGUGGACAAAUAUUUCCUUUGUUACACUAGCAUAUCAGAUCUCAAUCUUUGGAAAAGAAAGCAUGUCAUUCCAGCUGGAAACUGGCAGGUUGCAGUCAGCACAAGAUUUAUUAAGAGCUCGGGUGCUUUCAUCAUCAUAAUGAUCUAAUAAUAAUAAUAAAAAGAAGUGAGGUGUAAGCUGAGUGGCCAUUGUGCAAAUGGACAGUGUUAGAGUGGCCAGGAGGUUCUAAGUAAGUUUUUUUUUGUGAGUACGUAGCUAGUGCACUGAAAAUGUGUCCAAAGUUAGCGGCACGUUCCUUGUGUGAGAUGUGAGAAAUCUGUGAGACCUCCUGUCUCCCUGAUAGCUAUCUGCAUAAAGUACAUCGAGCUGCAGCUGGAUGACUUUUUGCUGACAGGGAAAAUGAGGAGGUGAUAGAUGGGAGCUACAGGGAGGUAGCCACUUUCGAGCUCCAGGAGGCAGGUACUUGAGUGACUUCAGGAGAGGGAGAGGGGAUAGGCAGCCAGUGCAGAGUAACCCUGGCUAUUCCCCUGAAUAAUGAGUUCUGAGUUCCUGUCUGCAUCUUGUGGCGCAUUGAGUGGCAACCUUGCCCUUGCACUUAUCUGUUUUUUAUGAGGCUGAGUUGCUAGCUCGAUGCUCAACACUGCAUGGAUGGAAAGUGUGCAAGGAGCUGGCCAGAUUUGAACCUAAGAUCGCUCGUCUCACAGUCUGGUGUGGAUGCCACUACACCAUUGGCCGGCAUCAAUAUUAAGUAUACAGCCGGGUGGGAGGGGAUGACCUACCUGCGGAAGCCACGGUGACCUUAUGGUUCAAAGGGAAGGAGGGAGAAAAGGAGUGCAGUAAUGAUAAUUCCAUAGGGGUAGGGAAGCAUUUCUGAGGACGUGAAAGAGUCACGCAGAUGGUAUGUUGUCAGGUUAGGGAUGUCUCAGAUCAAGUCCACAGCGGCCUAAAGAGAGAAGGUGAACAGCUGGAAGUUGUAUUAGUUGUAAAGGGAGUAGGACCUGCAAAGAGAUUAUAAAGAGUUAGGCUGAAAGCUGAAAAGGAGAACCUUCAGAGUAGUAAUCUCUAGAUUGCUGCAUGUGCCACGUGCCAGUGAAGGUAAGAAUAGGUUGAUUUGAAACAUGAAUGCAUGGCUUAAGAAUUAGUGAAGGGGCAAGGUUUCAGAUUUCUAGAUCAUUGGGAUCUCUUUUGGGGAAGGUAUGACCUGUACGCCUACACCCUAGAGGACUAAUAUCCUUCCAUACAGGGUUGCUAGAACUAUUUGGGGGGGGGGGGAUGUGGUUAGAGUAAUUUUGCAGAGGGAUGGUAACUAGAGUGAUAGGGCUGAGGAAGGGGCAGUUGGUAUACAACUAGAUGCCGUAUGUAGUGAGACUUAAAGACAAAUGAUGGGGCAAAAUUGCAGACAGUGCAACGCGCUUUAAGUGUAACAAAAACAAAAUCAAAAAAGGUGAUGAAUACAGGACUGACGGUGUUAUAUUUGAAUGCAUACAGAAUAAGGUAGGUGAUUUUGUGGCGCAGUUAGGGUUUGACAGGCAUGAUGUCAUGGACAGCAUUGAGUCAUGGUUGAAAGAAGAUGAUAGUUGGUUUAACAUCGAAAGAUUCACAUUGUAUCGAAAAAACAGGCAGAGGUGAUGAGUGAGCUCCACUGUUCCCUCUAAGCUGGGAGACUGCACAGCCACACCAUAACCAAAAUGCUGCUGCACACAUUGCCUUUGUUUCCACACAGAUGGAAUUUUCUUUUAUGUAAUGUCAAUAUAAUUUUGAAAUCUAUGUUAAUAUAAUUGUGAAAUUGUGUGUUAAUGAAUAUAAUCCAUAAAUAUUCUAAAUAAAUGUACCACAACAUUUACUUUGAAACAUUUUAGAACUUCAGUGUAUUUAUAUUGUCAGUGUUUCAAUUUAAAAUGCUGUUACAAAUUGUAACAGUAAGCACAGAAUGGAAGUUGGUAGCUCCUUGUUAAUAUACCGUCAGCCACUGAACAGCAACGCCAUCUAGUCAAAACAUUUUACUUUUGCCUUUGCAUCUGUCAGUUGUUUUGACUGCCUGGCAUCGUUUACUUGUGUUGUGGUUUGCGUUUGUUUGGUGUGAAUUUUUUUUGUAAUCAAACUUCCAAAAAAAAAUCAGUGUAAUGAGAGAUUUUCUUAUUUAAAAUUGUUAGAAAAAUGUAAAAACUUUUUUAUAAAAUUGUUUGCAUGACUAGUUAUUAAAAUUAUAAUUUUUUUCGGCUUACCAUGUUAAAAUUUUCAAAUAAUAAUUAUUUUUUUGUAUUAUCUAAUAAUAAUUAUUAUUUUUGAAUAUCCUAAGGAUGUCAAAAAGAAAAGCUGAAGAGUUAAAUGCUUUGAAGGACAAAGCUUGUACAAAAUUUAAGGUAGAAUUGCUUUUUUGCAGCUCAUAGAUACAGAACUACCAUCUUCGCGUCAAAAAAGAAAAUUGAAAGAUUUUUACGUAAGAUACUUACAAUGUAUGCACCAUUUAUGCAGCAGUGAAAGUAGAGGGUGAGUUCAGUGGUGGAAAGAAAUUGGAAGAAGGGAAGUUAGAUUACUUAAAACAUCUUAACCAGAGAAUUCACGUAGGUGGCAUUGUCAAAUAAUACAACCAGAAGAAAUGUUAAGUUUUGCGCACGUUAACUGAAACUUGAAAGGAAUGUGAAGCAAGAGUGAAACAAGAUGUUUGAAAGAAAUCUAACUCUGAUCUGGUCUAAGUAGUAAUUGAUAACAUCAUUGUGCAAUUAAAAUUUAAUAUUUUAUUCCAGAAAUUCAUACUCAUUUGGCUAAAUCUGUAUAUAUCUAAAUGAGAAUGUGUUUGAAUCUGUUGGGUGCAUCAACUUUGUGUUUCAGAAACAGAUAAUGGAAGAACUGUGGAAAUCUGCUUUCCAUACACUAAUUGCUGACAGAGGUACAGACCUUUCUGUACUGAAAAUGACAAAUUUUAAUUUUGUUUCUACUGGAAAAUGAAACUUCCUAUGAGACUGUUGUGGGUAUUCUGAAACUAACUGUAUAUGACAGUAUCACUAUUGUUGAAGCAAUCUUGAUAUUCUGAUGUUUACGUCAGAUGGGGCAAAUGUUACGCUUGGCAAGAAUAAUGGUGUGACAAUUCUUUGAAGAGAAUGGCAGGAUUUUGACUCUGCUGCUAUUGCAAACGCAACCAAUUCUGAAUGCUGUGAGACUGACAAAAGAAUACUCGAUUACUCUUACAAACUAUGACGAAAGUGUUGCCUCACAAAUAUUGCAGCAAUAUUUUGAUUUCAGAUUUGUAAUUUCUGAGGAAGUUAAGACUGGUUCAAUUAAGAAAUUCACUGACGAACAACAUGCUGAAAAAUGAAUCUGAAGAACUGUCAAUCCUUGUCAGAACAUUUCAAGCUUCUAGUGCUAAUUGUGUACUUGAAUUCAGUGUUAUCAAUUCACUCAAUUGUAAAUCCAGAAACAGACUAGAAGAGGAACAUUUGGAUGAUCUAAUGAGGAUUAAUAUGUAUCUUUCAUCUGUGAAAUUAACCGGACAGUGUUUAUAGACCAUGGAUUUGUAGUAAAGAUGGAUGAGAAAUAAGUUUACAAGACAUGAAAGAUUUUCUUUGUUGUACUGUAUUUCAUUAUACCCUUCAAUUAAUAAAUAAAAUCAAAUGUAUGUGAUAUUAAAAA